AACCCAAUUUAUUUGCUUAAAAUUAAAAAUACACACAUCUCAUUGGGCACCAAACCAAGUUCAUGCACCUCUCUGUCCCAUUUCCGUACCCUCUUUUUAUAUAUAUAUAUAUAUACACUCAUUCUCUUCUUCAAUUACUUCAUUUAUUCUGUUGUCCCCUUCUUCUUUAAAUUCUUAUAACCUAGUUCACUCCAUUUUCUUGAUUCAACUGUGUGAUUAUGGAAGGAAUGACUAAUAACAUGUGCUCUACUUCUAAUUCUUCUUCUUCAUCAGAAUCAUCUUCUUCAGAAUCUUCACUCAAUGGCAAUCAUUUUAAUCAUAAUAAUACGCCAAGAAUAGGUUCAGGUAAAGCUGAAAAAAUAAAAGGUCCAUGGAGUGCGGAGGAAGACAGGAUUCUGACUCGUCUUGUUGAGCGGCAUGGACCCAGAAAUUGGUCUUUAAUUAGCAAAUACAUAAAGGGUAGGUCAGGCAAAUCAUGCAGGCUUAGAUGGUGCAAUCAGCUCAGUCCAAAUGUAGAGCACCGUCCAUUUUCACCUGAAGAAGAUGAGACAAUCUUGGCCGCUCAUGCUAAGUUUGGUAACCGUUGGGCCACCAUUGCUCGGUUGCUUCCGGGGAGGACCGAUAAUGCUGUCAAGAAUCAUUGGAAUUCUACGUUGAAACGUAGGGCCAAAGAACAUACUAGUAUUAAGUAUGACGCCGGAAAUUAUAAUGAAACGGUUGUUGGCGGUGGUGUUUGUGGUGGUGUUGACUCGUUUUCGCCAUUGGGAUCUAAUAUUCCAAGAAUGGAAGUAGAAGAGGAAGAUGCGUUGACCGCGUUGACUCUGGCGCCGCCGGGGCUUGGUAGUGGGAAUAGCGGUAGUGGUGGUGGAAUGGUGGCGGAGAAUAGGGCGGAGAGUUUGCCAGCUGGGUUUUGGGAUGCGAUGAGGAAUGUGAUUGCUAGGGAAGUGAGAGAUUACAUGAGUUCUGGUUCAAAUGAGACUAUCAGUUACUUCUAGUUUGUUUUAGCUGUUAUUGUUAAUAUGAUGAUCUUAUCCUUUUUUGUUAAAAUUUAUUUUUCUUUAUUCACAAAGUUCAAAUGUAAGAUCAACUUGGUGGCUUAGCAAAUUUUUUACUCCAUGUUACAGCCUGGCUCCAGUUGGGAAAACUGAAACUGAAUUUUUUAUAUAAUUUGGCACCCACUCCAUCCCUAACAUAUAUUUGUUUA